GGCGAGGGUUACGCGUCACUUCCGGCUUCGUUUUUGAAAUUUCUGACUUAAACCAGUGCGCUAACGUGUUAGUAUUUUUUUUUAUUAUUAUUAUUUAAAAUAAAAUAAAAUAUAUUACUUUUUUUUACCCUGUGAGCGGUGUGAUGGACAUUCAAGGUAUGGAGCCAAUGUCUUUGGGUUCUCCAUCGUCCCCGAAGCCGGUGGGCGGAGCUCAGUUCCUCCCUGGGUUCCUGAUGGGUGACCUGCCUGCUCCUGCUACUCCACAGCCCAGACCCCUGAGCUUGGGUGUGGGUGGAGCAGAGACCAGAGCCCUGUCGCUCACAGGUGUAUCAGGAGGUUCUCCUCCUCAGCCUGUUGUUCCUACUCCUAAAGAUAAAAGCGGAGCACCUCCAGUGAGGAGUAUCUAUGAUGACCUGUCCAGUCCUGUGGUUGGGUUCUCCCCUCUCGCAUCACGCAAACAGGUGUACUCUGUGACACACACACCUUUGGCUGGUGUGGCUGCAACUCCAGGAUCCGUAGGCAGUGUGUUUAGCCCUACCUCUUUAGGACACGUGAAGAAUGCCUUAUCACCUGCACAGGUAGACCCGUUCUUCACUCAGGGAGAUGCUCUUUCCUCUGAGGACCAGCUCGAUGAGACCUGGGUCACUGUCUUCGGGUUUCCUCCAGCCUCUGCGUCCUACAUCCUGCUGCAGUUUGCUCAGUAUGGGAACAUCCUCAAACAUGUAAUGUCUAACUCAGGAAACUGGAUGCACAUUCAAUAUCAGUCCAAACUGCAGGCCAGGAAAGCGCUCAGUAAAGAUGGCAAGAUAUUUGGAGAUGCCAUCAUGAUCGGAGUCAAGCCUUGUAUUGAUAAGUGUGUGAUGGAGUCCUCAGAGCGGAGCAGUGCUGCAGUAUUCACUCCUCCAGUGAAGAACAGUAUCAAUGUGGCUUUAAUCUCCACACCACGAUCAUCCAUGAGACCCCUCAGCACACCCCUCACACACACCAAUGCUGAAUAUCAGGUCGUGUCAGACAAAGGGACCCCGCGGAAAGAUGACAGCUUUGUGUCCAAAGCAAUGGAGUACAUGUUCGGUUGGUGAUGGAGGUGUGAGACAGAUGAUGUCACCAGGCGAGUGGACGAAGGAGGUGUAAGACAGGUCACACAGAGCACUUUAGUGAACGCUGGAUCUUGAUAAAUGGACACACACACACACACACAGUUGUGUAAGAUGAUGGAUGGCUGUUAUGUCCUUAAUCCUGCUGUUCAGAGAACACUCAGAGAUAUCUAAUCACAGAUAUAAUCACCCCAUCAAUGAUCCUUUUAAUUAUCUGUAAAAGAUCUGUUUUUAAACACAUUUACAUUCACACUCUUGUAUUUUGUAUCCUCUUUCAAUUCUGUACUGAUGUUGUGUAAAUAAAUAUCACUUCCUCUAA